GGGCGACUCUCUCCAGCAUCAAGCCUCACUGUUAGGUAUAAAUACGUGCAAUAGCACAUCCUCUAUUCAGUGCUUCCACUGGGAGAAGCAACCAAUUAAGAGGAAGGUAGAAUGAGAGCAAUGGUCUAGCAUGGUGUAAUAUCUGAAGGUCGAGAUUUCCGAGAAAUGCACAUUGGCCCGUUUGAAUCCUUACUCAGACCAAUUCCAGUUGUUGUGUUUCUUUAAACGGCUAGGAAGAUGAGGGUAGCCGUGUCGUUCCUGGUUGUGUGCCUGCUCUAUUCUUUGAGUGAAUGUCAGAAUAGACUUUCGCCAGAGGAUCUUAAACAAAUAUCCCUGAUGGGAGAGAAGUAUUUAGACAAACACAUUGAAAACGCCAUCAAUGGAGUCAAGCAGAUGAAGAACCUGAUGGAAAAGUCUGGAGAAGAGCACAAGGAGUAUUUAAAUAUAUUAGAGAAAACCAAAAAGAUGAAGGAGGACGCUCUAAAGAAUGCCCAGGAAAUGGAGUCAAAACUAAAUGCUGAACAGGAAAUGUGCAACGAAACAAUGCAGGCCUUGUGGGAGGAGUGUAAACCAUGCCUGAAAAACACAUGCAUCAAGUUUUAUUCGAGGACCUGCAGCAGUGGCUCCGGCAUGGUGGGGAGACAACUUGAAGAAUUGCUCAAUAGGACCUCCCCUAUGUCUAUUUGGAUCAAUGGUGAAAGGAUGGACUCCCUCCUGGAGGAAGACAAAGAACAAGACAGGAGAUUUGAAGACCUUGAAGAACACUACUCUGAAGUUGCUGACGGGGUGGACGCGAUCUUUCAAGACAGUAUGAAGGUCUUUGAUCAGAUGCACUCCUCCUUUCACCGCCCAUUCUUCAGCGACUUUCCCCAGAUGCCAUCUUUUCUCAAUGAGGAGGACCGCCCACCUAUCAGAAUGAAUCUCCCCAACUCCAGGUUUCCCACAUUCCAGCAUGGUUUUCAUGGCUUGUUUCAGCCAAUGUUUCACAUGGCCCAGAGAAUGUUUGACUCGGCCAACCAAUACAUGGAAAGAGAGGGUCAAUAUGACGCAAUGCCAUCUUCUCCAACAGAUGGAAAUGUCAAUGAAGAUGUCAUUGCAUCCGGACAAAAUAGAGGAGACCGCAUGAAAUGCCGUGAAAUUCGACGCAAUUCCGCAGGGUGUCUCAAACUCAAGGAAGAGUGUGAAAAAUGCAAAGAGAUAUUGCUCAUUGAUUGCUCUGGGAAAAGGCCACUAGAAGGCCCCCUCAAGGAAGAGUUUGAGAAAGCCCUGGCCAUGUCUGAGAGGUUCACAAAAGAAUAUGACGAGCUGCUGAAGAAAUUCCAGCAGGAAAUGUUGAAUACAUCCAGCUUGAUGGACACCCUCAACAAACAGUUUGGAUGGGUGUCUACACUCAUUAAUGCCACCAAGAGGCCAGAUGGAUUCUUCCAGAUUAAAACUGUGAUCUCAAGAGGUAGCCAGAACCCAGAUAACCCUGGAGACACCACUGUUUCAGUUCAGCUGUUUGACUCCCCUCCAAUGACCUUCACAGUACCUGGUGAUAUCCCUUGGGACGAUACCAAAUUCUCAGAGGUAGUGGCAGAGGAGGCUCUGGAGCGCUACAAACAGAAUACUAUAUUGGUUAAGUAACAGAGUGCUUGUUAUGUGGGACUACCUUAAAAGCCAUAUAACUAUACUUGCAACUACAAGAAAAAGUGUACAUUGCAUUGCUGCUGAACUACUGCUGUGGGACUAGAACUAUUGCACUGUACAUGUAGACAAUAAAUCCUCUUCCACACUAACAUAGUAAUGGAUUGCACAGCAAACAAAAUUAUAAAUGCUUUCAUGGCAAUAAAACAUAACAUAAGCCUC